GUCUGGUCGGUCAGGGGAGUGCGGGGCGAAGCUCCGGUCCCGGCUGCAGCAAGGCGUAGGAGGGCUCGGCGCAGAGGCGGCGGCUGGAGGAGAUGGAGGUUGGUAUUUGCAAACAGGAUAUGCUCCAGAAGAAAAAGAAUGCUGUCUUGGUGGAUGGGGUCAUCCUAAAUGGUCCAAUAAUGGACUCAAAAGCGGGAGAGAAGUUUGUGGAAGAGGCCUGUAAGAUUAUAAUGGAAGAAGUGAUCCAGAAAGCUAAUGAUGUCACAGAAAAGGUUUGUGAAUGGCAGGCCCCGGAAACACUGAAGAAGAUUCUUGAUCUGGAAAUGAGAGACACUGGAGAAUCUCAUCAGAAACUCUUGCAACUCUGCCAGGAUGUUAUACAAUACAGCGUCAAAACCAGUCAUCCAAGAUUUUUCAAUCAGCUGUAUGCUGGAAUAGAUUAUUACUCGUUAGUGGCUCGUUUCAUUACUGAAGCAUUGAACCCAAGUGUAUAUACAUAUGAAGUAUCCCCUGUGUUUCUGUUAGUGGAAGAGACAGUCAUCAAGAAAAUGAUUGAGUUUGUUGGCUGGGAAGAAGGUGAUGGCAUAUUUAAUCCAGGUGGCUCUGUUUCUAAUAUGUAUGCUAUGAACUUAGCAAGAUACAAAUUUUGUCCUGAGAUAAAAGAAAAAGGGCUUUCAGGUUUGCCAAGACUAGUCCUGUUCACUUCAGAAGAGUGUCAUUACUCCAUGAAGAAGGCAGCCUCUUUUCUGGGUAUUGGUACAGAGAAUGUUUACUUCAUCAAAACAGAUGAAAGAGGUAAGAUGAUACCUGAGGAACUGGAGAAACAAGUCCAGCGGGCCAGGAAAGAGGGGUCAGCACCAUUUCUUGUCUGUGCUACUGCAGGCACAACAGUGCUGGGAGCAUUUGAUCCUCUGGAUGAAAUUGCUGAUAUCUGUGAAAAGCAUGGCCUCUGGCUUCAUGUAGACGCUUCUUGGGGUGGCUCAGCUUUGAUAUCAAGCAAGCAUUGCAGACUUCUUCGUGGCAUCCACAGGGCUGAUUCUGUUGCUUGGAAUCCCCAUAAGAUGCUGUUGGCUGGAAUCCAGUGCUGUGCUCUUCUGGUGAAAGACAACUCUGGCCUCCUGAAGAAGUGUUACUCUGCCAAGGCUGCGUACCUGUUCCAGCAGGACAAGUUCUACGAUGUCAGCUAUGACACUGGUGACAAGUCCAUUCAGUGCAGCAGGCGUCCGGAUGCAUUCAAAUUCUGGCUGAUGUGGAAGGCACUGGGAACCACAGGCCUCGAGGAGAGAGUGAACAGGGCACUGGCUUUGGCUAGGUAUCUAGUGGAGGAAAUUAAGAAAAGAGAGGGAUUUCAGCUUCUUCUGGAGCCGGAGUAUGCAAAUGUUUGCUUUUGGUACAUUCCACCAAGUUUAAGAAAAAUGGAGGACGGACCUGAAUUUUGGCAGAAGCUACACGAGGUUGCUCCUAUAAUUAAAGAAAGGAUGAUGAAGAAGGGCAGCAUGAUGGUUGGGUACCAGCCUCACCGGGGCAAAGUCAACUUCUUCCGCCAGGUGGUGAUCAGCCCACAAGUGAGUCGAGAGGACAUGAACUUCUUGCUGGAUGAAAUUGAACUGCUUGCUAAGGACUUGUAGCUGUAGCUCUUCAGCACCAGGCACUGCUCAUGUGUGAUAUUUAUGGACAGAGAAAGGCAGCAGCAUUCUGGUGCUAUUUUGUGAAAGGUAGUAAAAAGCUUGACAUAUAGGUUGGAAACUGUUGUUUAACAUAGUGAUGUUCAGAGCUUUGCAGGUAGAAUACCACUUCACACAAAAGUAUUUGCUGAUGGGGGCUGAGACAGGCCAGUGCUUGCAGCACCACCGCCAUUCUGGGAAGUGUUUCCUUGAGGGGGAGCACUUCUGAAAAUGGUGUCUGUGUCCCAAGGAGGGCAGCUGUUUAUGGGGUUGCCUGUGCACAGCGUAGCUCAAAGUGAUCACUUAUAUGUACAGGCAAUACUCCUCUUGAGUUACUGGUAGUAGUGAAUUUAGCUCAGUGAGCUUUAAAAUGCUAGUUAGUACUCUGUGUACUCUGUCAAUAUUGUAUUUUGGUAUGUGUUUAGGGGUAGAGGCCUAGUUGGUAUUUACAGUAAGACUGGAAAUCAUGAACUUAAGGAGUUCCUCAAGGCCCCUAAUUAGGUGAGUUGCCCAUAUUUUCCACUGUGAGCACCAUCAGACAAUAGAAAAAGGGCCCAACAGUUGUGCAGUCACCAUCCUUGGAGGUUUGCAGUACCUGGCUGGACAAAGCCCCAAGUGGUCAAUAUUGACCCUGCUUUUAGCAGGUAGAACUAGAUGACUUUCUAAGGUCCCUUCCAACCUAAAUGAUUUUGUGAUUCUGUGAAGUCAAACGAUUAGGCCUGGUCAGUGUUUGCCAACAUUGCCCACACAAAAUAUCACCAGUGCUACAGCAGUGCUGAGAAUAUUGGAAAAGUGUCUUAGAAAUACUUAACUCUUUGGUAACAGGAGUUACCUGUAAUUUUGGAACAGUUGAUCAUCUUCCUCUGUUUUUAAAGCAUAAAUAUUUAACAGUUUUAGAUGCACUUUAAAAUUAUAGCAGAGAGAAAAAAAAUAUAUAUAUUUACCUGAAAGAUGUGUAUUUUUAAGCAUGGUGACUAUAUGUUAAGAAUGUAGCAAAAAUACGUAUUUGUCAUUGUCUGACUAUAUUUGCCUACAGAUUUUAGAUGACUUGGUUUUAUGUUUAUGAGUGUAUAAUUUAUAUUUUGGCACUGAAAUUAAGGUGGCAGUGAUCAGUGAAAGCCUGAUUGUUUUUAGGAUGGGAACUAUCACAGUAUUUCUGGUCAACCUUAAGAUGCAAAAUGAGGUUCUAAACUUUGUCUUCAUGUUAAGAAUUAUAGCAUACUUUUGAUUUGUUUUCAUUCUAGCUAUAAAAUGAUCAAUUUUGUCAAGAUAGAAAUGUAUUUCUUGUGGUGAAGUUCCUGCAGCAGAUUAAUGGAAAUAACACUGUCUUUCACACUGUAAUCAACACCUAUUUACCUUAGUGUUUUAAUGUUUGUUCCCUAUCCUAUAUUCGAGGUAACACCGACCAAUACGAGCCUUCCUGCUAUAACAUUUUCUGUAUUGCUGAAAGCUGUCUUUAAACACAAUGCUUUUAUCUUUUCAGUUCCUACAUUGUACUAGGAUCCAAAAUUGCGUGACAUUCCUACUUCCAGUCUCUAGGAUGAUGGUAUAGAAAGUUUAACAAGGUCAUGAUAACCAAGGAGGUCACACUAUCAAAGCAUUAGAUAGGAGGAAGAAUCAAAUCUGCAGAACUUGAUGGGUGUCUUUAACAGUGUCCUGGAAGUGAAUUUUCUUAUGCUACUAUAGGGAGUCAUUGGAUUUUAAGCCAAACUUUGUAAUAGAAUGCUUUAUUCUUAUUAUUAUUAUUACCUUGUGCUUCUGGGUUUACCAUUUAUCAUGAUUUUGGAAAGCAUUUAACUAAAUUCAGGGCCUGUAAAGCUUAUUUAGCCUCCCAGCCAGUUGAAGAGUGUGGCAAGGGGUGCUGAAUGGAUGCAAUGACUUGGCUUUUGCUUCUUGAGGUGGAUAGGACUGCUAACCCUCCUCCUUUUCUUUUUUGUCCUUGAAGUGAAAGACAUGAUAGUGUCAGGAUUUUUUGGUUAUGAUCCAGAUUCUUGGUGAGUACUUAAUUUUUGAUUCAGGGGAAGCUAUGUCACCUUCCAUCAGCUAAGGAUUUGACCUGUGGUGUUUUUUUGGUGGCACUACUGUCAAAAAAGUGUUGUUUCUCAUCAUGUUGUUAGUGCAUUUCUCUGUGCAGAUACUGUAGUGUCUGUAUUUCUUUUUUUAAAUGAGAGGAAAAAGGAACUUUUUCAAUGUUUGCAGAAAGUGUGUCUCAGAUCAACAUGUGGACUGAUGUCUUCAAAGGUGUAGUUUAACCUUCCAGUGUGAUGUGAGUACCUUAUCUGAUCUCUAUAUAUUUUCUAUUGUUUCUGACUCUAUAUCACAACCAACGUGCACAAUAUGGUGGUCUCAUUUCAGGACUAAUGUAAUUUUUCCAUAGUUGCUUAUUUAGGACUGGUAUGUACAAAACGUGCAUUUUGUAGCUAAUAAUUUUAAUAAAAAGUGAAGUAAAUUAUACCCAUAUAAAUAGAGGCUGUGUUUGUCAUUUGUCGAUUUAAAACUGCAGGGAUAUGUAUAAAGAAGGUACCGAUAAGCUCUCCAGAUGGAGAAACAGCAAGCUGCAUGCACAGCUUUAAAAUGUGAAAUCUAGUUUAACCCUGCUUCAGGAUGUGGUUUAUCUGUGUGUUGUGCCCAUAUCAUCUUUAAUAAACAUCUUGGAUGAAAA